GUAAGCUCCCUGCCGCUCUGGGGUUUGACGUUAGUCUUUGUCACGAAGGGACCCUGGACUCAGAAGGACGGGCGCAGAAGAGCAACAGCUGGUCUGCCGCGAAGUGCAGUGGCAGAGGAGGUGGCAGAGAUCGAUACGGAGGAGGUGGCAGAGCUUGACAAUGAGUUGGCUCCGCCGGUAGACCUGAAAAAAACACCCUGGGAAGCCCUGGAUGUCGCCUUUCAAGCUGAGGGCCUUCGCUGCUGGGGUCCUGGCUACGACGGGAAAGUGCCCGGUUACAUCGCAGAAUGCCUGAGACGUGAAAAUCCUGCAAGCUCGGACGAGCCGCCAUUUCGCCGGCGGUGGCUCAAGCGAAAGGAGGAGGAGAGUGAAGAAGCUCCAGAUCCAUAUAUCACUCUGGGAGUUGCAACCGAUGCGACGCUCAAAGAGAUCAGAAAAGCGUACAUCAAGCUGGCAAAGGAGACCCAUCCAGACACAGGGGGCGAUGCAGUGGCCUUCCAGGAUGUGCUCCUGGCCUACCGUAUUCUCAGCGAUGAGGAGCGCCGAAAAGAGUUCGAUAAGACAGGGGAAGACACUGGCGACGCAAAGGAGGAGGAGCGAAAGGUAAGGGUGGCGGACCUGUCAAUUCUGCGGGAUGCUGUGGAUAAUCACAGGGAAGUUCGCUGGGAGUGGGGAAUGGAAAACCUGGCGGGUCAAACUGGCACUGUGCAGUUCGACGACCCAGACACAGGGCUCACAGAAGUUGUCAUGUGGCUCUCACCGGAUGAUGGAUUUUCUGCCUGGCUCCCCAGCGAAGUCCUGACGUACUUGAACCCGGAUGGAGAGGAGCAGCCCUAUGAGUUCUACCAGCAGGCGCUAAUGCGCUUGAAUAAGGGCCAGAUUGUCAAAAUUGAGCCAUACGAGAAGCAGAUGUCUCGGGCAAUCGAAUACAGUCUGGGCUGGCAAGCCCAUGACAGUGGAGCCAUGCAGAAGCCCGAUCCGUUGCGAGAUGCCGCUUUUGCGCAGGUCUUCUUCAAGAAGGACCGUGAGGCUGAAGACCGCGGCGUCGUGCUAGACAUUGGAUGUGGCACUGGUGAUGGGAGCCGUCUUUUCGCGACAUCGCGGAAAUUUGACCUGGUAUUUGGCUUGGACAACAACUCAACGGCUCUCUUCCAGGCCCGGCAAGAAAGCGAAGAUGAGCAGAUUGGUCCAGAGCAGGGCCUGUUCUUACUGCGCGCAGAUGCUGAAGAGCUUCCAUUCCGAGACCAGCAGAUUGACUAUGUCUGGUGGUCCUUCGGUUGGAACGAAGUCGAGCGCCCGGAAGCUGUGUUGCAGGGCAUCUACAGAAUUUUGCGAGUGGGUGGCAGGGUGGCAAUUGCCACAGGAUCCGGAAAGCCACUGGCCAAGGAGAUACAGGCAAAGCUGGCAGAGGUCGGAUUUGCAGAAACGUCGAUCUACCCUCCGCGCUCCCGAGUUUUCCUGAACUACGCGACAAAGCUGCGCUAA